UGGUGUGUUGUGGUCAAGGCUUCCACUAUGCAGCAAAUUUGGCUCAUGCUUUCUAAUUUUAAUCUCACUUACAUCACUUAAGAAGAAUAGGGGCAGCUGAGUGAGUUGUGAGACGGAGCCACUGUGUGCUUGACUCUGCAUAUGCAGUGAUUUAGUGAUGGGUGGAGAAAGGGCCGUUUACAGUCCAGUUGGUUCAGUGUGUUGAAUAGUGUGUUGUGCAUGUACAGCUGAGGGCAGAGGCAUCUACACCACAUGGAGAUGGCAGCCCUUCAGUAAGAUGUUGGAAACAUCCCUAACUGACAGAAAUCAUUGUCUUCAUUUUCAUCCCACAAGACUGAGCUGGACCGUUAAAUGCCCUCUCAAUAUAAAGGACUAAAAUGUUUGUGGUCUCCUUGCCAAGAUGUCUACAGAUCUGUGUGUCUGUGGUAAUGGUGUCCAGACUGCAAGGCAGGGUUUCAGCUCCGAUACGUGUGGAGGCCCCGGUUGAGCAGCCCUUCAUUCUGAGCUGUACACUUGUCAAGGCCAGAGGAGAAUCGGUUCAUCAGAUCCGCUGGCUGGAUGUGCAGAACCAGACGUUAAUCACUUACCAGCCUGGUGAAAAAGACAGUGUGAGCGGACAGCAGCAUGUGGAGCUAGCUCCUUCUCCACGAGAUGCCAGUGCCAUCACCAUCAAACGGGUCAGCUACAGGGAUGAGGGCUGCUACACCUGCAUCUUUGAUCUUUAUCCCAAAGGCUCGAGGGAAGGACAAACCUGCCUUACUGUCACAGCAUCGGUGAUCUCAGAGGGCAAUAAGACUGCAGUGGGCGGUAAACAAGCCUCUCUGGGCUGUCGGUAUGGUCUGCCGGAGAAAGUCAAGCAGGUGCUAUGGAAGAAGAUUGUGAAUAAAGCAGAAUCCCGUGAAGUUGCAUCUUUUGCAAAGCAGAGUGACCCAGUGAUUGAAGAAGAGUUUGUGGACCGCGCGACCCUGAGCCCUUCCCUGUCUGACACGCAGCUCACGUUCUGGCCGGUCCGAGCUGAAGAUGAGGCCUGCUACACCUGUGAGUUCCACACGUAUCCAGACGGCACUAAGAGCGCCGUAAGCUGCCUCACUAUAUUUGUCCUGCCCAAACCUCAAGUAAGCUACAAGACCACGUCUCCGGGAGUGAUCGAGGCUAACUGUACUGCCGUGGCCCGGCCACAGGCUGAAAUAGUGUGGAAUGUGGAGGGGAAUAACCGGACCAUUGGUCCACCUGUGACCACCUCUGUCCAGCAGAGUGACGGGACGACUCUGGUCAUCAGCACCUUGACCAUCCAGGCUGGACUCCUGAAGGAUGUCUCUGUCAAAUGUCUCGUUCAUCAUAAAGGACUGGAGACUGCCAUUGCUGUUUCCAUGAACACUAAAAUUGGCACUGCGCUCGCUAUCCUGAUCUCUGUGACUACUGUAGCAUUUCUUCUAGUCCUCUGCCUCUGUUUCUGUUUGUGGAAGUGUGUCCUCCGUAAAGAUGAUCCUGAAGAGCAUCAGGUUCAGAGAAGAAGCCGAGCAGAGAGAGAGACAGACGGUUAAAUGUAGGCACCUGAGCCUCUUCCUGUGACCUAUUUCUGCUUAACUCUGAUGACCUGUACUUCUUUCAACACACAUUCUCCAGACCUGACCUACUGAUAUGAGAAACCAUUCAAGUUUUUAUUUGUUGUGUGUAUGUUUAAAUACUUGAUGUUACAGUUAGAUCUGUGCUCGGUCUCAAUAGUUUUGAUUGACACAGAUGACAAACUUCAGUUCUCUUUACAAUACAGAUAUGCUGAAGAUUAAAAUCUCCUGUCAUUGUGUUCCCUGCUUUUCCAGCCAAAGAAACCAGUGACAUGUCUUCUUUGCAUGAAGAAAGAUGCUACAUUUGGAAGAAUUUGUAAAUUCAUCACUAAUAUAGAGGUCGCAGAAGGCAUUUUAUCUUGUUACAGAGGGGAGAUAAAACUUAGCCUUUGUAUGUUUUAAUACCUAUUCAAAGCCCUAAAUAUAAAAGGACAAUGAAACAUCUAAAAAUUCUUAACUUCUUGAAUUCUAUGAAAAACAUAAAAUAAAAAUAAACCUAGCUGUUCACUCAAAGAAAGUGCAAGAAAACUUCAUUAUUUAAUAAUCAUUGUGAAUAAGUAAAAUCUAUUGAAGCAAAGAAAGCAUUCUAUCAUAUGUUUUUGGAUUUAUGAUACUUAUGGUGAUCAAAUAUAUUCCUUUAUAAUUUAUAAUCUUGAUUUUGCUUUCUCCCUUCAUUAUUAAGGUGGAUGGAAGUCUAGCGUGGUAGACUGAGCACUAUACAGUUGUUUUUCACAGUAGACUAGAAUUAGACAACUAGAGGUAUGGAGACUAACUAGAACAAUUUAGUUUAAGCUCUUCUGUCCCAGAGCAAUGGUGGGAAAAGAGGUCUUGACCUGCUUGUCAGUGCGUUCACUAUAUCAGUGGAAAUGCAUUAUCUGCAGUCUGGUGUGGAAAUAAAUGCUGAUAGAUACUAUGGAUGAGCUGCUUUCAAUACUGGGAAAUCAUGUUGCUUUGUUCUUUGUAUUGAUGCACAUGUCCAAUCCAGUGACAACUGAUAAAAAGUCAAAGAUUUCAUAUGCAUGUUAAACGAUUCAACAUAUGAGGAAGUGAGAGCAUAGGCCACACUUGAAUGAAUUCGUUCUUUCUAUUCAGUAAAGUAUGAAAUAACGUUGUGCUUCGAGUUGGAAAUUGUAAAUGAUAUUGACUUGUAUACAAAUAUAUUGUGCAUUUCUGCACAUUUUUUCUUUCAUUAUUGAAUCUAUUAUGAAAUAUGUCAAAUUCUGUUCAAUUAAAUGUCACAACGUCA